CGCGCGUGGUGUUCCUCCCUCAGUCCCAGUCAAACAUGGCGCUACGGGAGCUAUCAUCGUUGGAGAAGUAUUUAGGACUGAAAAAGCCCAACAAGUACACCACACAAGGAGACAGAAAGGUCCCAGUGUUACAGAACAAUAAUGGCCCUCCUCUCGUUGGACUUGUGACUGUCGCCUGUCAUCUGGUCAAGGAGUCCAAGCGUCCGGAGCUGCUGGGGGACGGGGCAGAGGGCAGGGCGGUGGUGCAGCAGUGGUUAGAAUACAGAGUCACUAAACUGGACGGGAGCAGCAAAGAAGAAACCAGAGCUAUCCUAAAGGAACUAAACUCCUACUUAGAAGACAAGGUUUACUUCGCAGGUCACCAGAUCACUUUAGCCGACAUCUUCAUGUACCACGGAACACAUUCACUCAUGGUCGACUUGAGUGUCCAGGAGAGGGAGCAGUUUGUGAAUGUGACGCGAUGGUUUGAUCACGUCCAGCACGUCCGCGGGCUCAGACAUCACCUGACCCCCGUCGCCGUGCUCCGCAACAGGAUCUACACAAGCAGACACCAUUAAGACUCAACCUGAACCGUGCAUCUCUCAGCCCUUAGGUCCACACUCGCCCUUUACACAGCCCAACGUCAGGAGAUUAGUUUGUUACACGUGAUCAUAACUACACCUGAAUUAGCCGUAAAUAAGCAUGAACGAAGAUAAUGAACAAAUGGUUUAUUAAGAAGGAUUCCAGCUUUGUAUUUACUAAGAUGAGGAGUGAACUUGGGUAAAGAAGGCGCCUCUUUUGUCUGUUAUUAAUGUUUAUAUCUUGAUUUACAGACACAACAGUGAAAUAAAAAGACCAGGAUCAUGUCGAGUGGGUUAAUACGAACAUUUAAGACCAAAAUGACGAGUCUGGGGACACAGUUUUUCAAUAGAAAGUGAAUUGGAGCCAGAUAGAUUUGGAAUGUGGUAGCUAGCAGGUUAGCUUUACCUAUUUAUAUAUAAAGUCUGACAGUGGCAGGUGUUAUAGAAGGUUGGUGAGUCCCACAGCGUAGGGGAAAAGACUUGUUCUUGUGGGGCAUCCAGGGUGAAAAGGUUCCGCUGUGAUUCUUUAUAAACUAUUUGUUCAUUCUGAAUCAAGUCUUUCUUCAUGCUCUGUUGAGGAUAAUUAGGUGCAGUUAUUAUAAAGGGUUUUUUUUUUUUUUUUUGCAAUUACAAGUUCGUCUGCGUAAUCCCAUUGUCGUCCUGGUCUGAUCCGUAGCAAAAUAAAAUUUCAAAUCUGUCACUGAACAAAAGUUUUAGAGUGAAAACGUUUUGCUGCUCGUCCAAACCGCUUCUUCAGAACAGGUGCGUUAGCUUCAGUGUAGUUAGCUCCUCUCUGAACUGUCAUAUUUAGACAUUUAUUGCAUAAUCGUUCGGGCCCCUAAUGGUUGUUCUUACAUCUAUUAGCAUACUGGCUAGCAUUAUUGUUUUCGUUGCUCUGAUUUAGGUCUGAGGAUGGAGUUAGAAAUAGAAGAUCGAUGUUCCUGUUCAAAGCUGGAUUGUCUUUCUUAACAAAAAUGGCCUCUUAAACUCCCCUCUCCAUUUCUUUUUAGCUAUGAUCUGCUCCUCUCUCUCUUCAAAGUCGUGGUUAGUGACUUUGAGAUGGAGUUGAACGGCAGAUUGGUGUCCUGAGCUGCUCUCGUGACAGCACAUGUUGAACGUCUUCACUCUAAAACGUUUGUCCACUUGCAGAAUUGAUUUUUAUUUUUUUGCAGUUACACUUUCCUGAUCCUGCCAUCCGUGAUUUUAGAGAUGAUACGUCUGCUUUGUAUUUCUGUAACGUGAACUCGCCUUUAGCACCUCGUGGCAAUAGAAGGUACCUCAUACACAAGGGAAUACACGUUUAACUAUUACAGUGUCUUAUCACAAGGUAAUUUUUAUCUACAGUGUAUUUUUGGUGAGUUUAAUGAAUAAUUUAAUAAAUGUGACGCCAAGGGAGCGAUAACACAGGGUUUUAACAGUGUUCAGCUGAGUUUUAGUAAUUCCAAACUUUAUUUUAUUUGAUUUUUUUCUUAUCUGCCGUACACAACAUGGCAUCUGACUCACUGCAUCUCACUGAAAAUCUCAUUCAAAAUCAUCUAAUCUAGGGAAUAAAUUUACUAGAACAAAGUACUGGAUUGUGUUUUUAAAAAUGUCAAGUACCUGUGUGUUUGUUGAAAUGGAUCCUGCUGCUAACGCAAAUAAAAUGUGCUAAUAUUU